AUGGGAUACAGCGGUAUUAUCGGAUUCAUCCUUCGCAACAAGCACCGCAAAGCCGCUUACAAUCAUUUCGAGUCGGAACCUGACAGGCAAGGCCACUGGAUUGCCCAGUUCAUCAUCGGCCUUUCUCCCGAGCAAUGUCUCGAAAUGGCUGAUUUGUGGAUUGAAGAAGAGAACCAUCGAGAUCUUGUCUCGGAUGAGAUCAAGGAGCGCUACCUCGCAUUCGACGGAAAGUGGAAAUAUGAAUUUCCGCAUGUCGGUCCGCAACUAUGGUUAUAUAAAGACCAUCUUGGAGGACGUUACAAGGAAAAGAUCGGAAAGAUUAUUCAAUGCGAAGAAGCUCAAGCGGCAGAGGAGCUGGAAGAGCGACGAAAAACUUAUUUGAAACACUUCGAAGAGUACGGGUACAGUCGGUACCGGAAGACUUGGCACGACGUAUUGUGCCGUGCUCAGGGGGCGGAGUCUUUGAGAUUGAUCCAGCAAGGAAAGCUGAGUCACCUUCUCGAGAAAAGUGAAUUUGCUUGUCAUCAUGGAAAGAAGUCUGCCGACCAGGUGUUUACAGUGUCUCACAUUUAUGAUGCCAAUUGGGCAUAUUUCAUCGACUUUCACCAUCAAAAGAUGGAAGUAUGGGCAGAAGACGUGCUUGUGAGGGAGGUCACGUUUGAUAUGCUUCGAGGCAACCCAGAUUAUAUGCUCGAUUUCGAUUGGUUCAAGAUGCGCGAUACCGAUUGGUAUAAAAGGCCCGAUACCCAUUGGUAUUAUAAGGACGAAGAUAGCGACGAGGAUGUCUUCUGA